AGAGAGCAAAGAUCUUUGCUAUAGGAUAUUUGGUAGAGAGGGCGGGUGAGCGCGGAACGAUUGGCUGAAGCUUUCAGCAACGACGAGAGGGAGGGGGGAGGUUCCCCUGGCAGCGAGUUCAGGAAGUUGAGAAAGUAGAAAAUAAUUUCGUGCCUGAAAUCCCGACGCCAGCACCUGUGUUGCGGGAGUUUGAGAGGGGAUACCAUAAAGUGAUAAAAGUGAAAGGAGCGAGUGUUGCUGGAUGGGAUAGGCCGCGUGUGAGGAGGAGGGGGAGAAAGUUGCAGGAGUUGGCGGUGGGAGAGUGGGGCAGGGAGUGCCUGGGGCAGGACAGACAGGUCGGACGGUGACCGGAGCGGCGGCUGCUGCCACUUAUCUUUUUACCCCACAGUCGCCCAGGAAGAUGGCGAAGUGGUUGCGGGAGUAUUUCAGCUUCAAGGCGAAAGGUCCGGCCAAGGUGGAGGCAGUCGCCAAGAAGAAGAAACAGCAGCAGCUGCAGUUCCAGCAGCAACUGCUGCACCGGGGGCAGCCGGCGUCGCUGAGGGAGAGCGACUUGAUGCGGGCUUACCGGCUGCAGAAGGAGCGGGACUUCGAGGAUCCCUACAGCGGCGGCCCCGGCUCGUCGCUGCGCCGGCUCAAGGCCAUGUGGCAGCAGGAGGAGGAGGGCGGUGGGGGUGGGCAAGGGAAGGAAGAGGAGAAGGAGGAUGGCGGUGGAGGCUCCCCGCUGUUGCAGCGCAGCCAGAGUGAGCGGCGUGCCACGGCCGCCCGACCCAAGUACAUCAUCCCGCCCCCACACCGACUCAUCAAGAUGCACGACCCGGUCCCCGCCGCUGCCGAGAUGCCACCGCCGCCGCCACCGCCACCACCACCGCCACCCGACGAGAAAGUUGCUAUUCAGGAUGACUACUCUGAUCCAUUUGAUGCCAAAAACGAAUUGAAGAAUAAAGUUUUCAAAAAGCAGGAAAUGGAAAAUGGAUACAUGGAACCUUAUGAGGCACAAAAGAUGAUGGCGGAGAUUCACAGGCAAGAGAGUCAGAAGAAAGGAAUUCAAUUGUAUGACACACCCUAUGAACCUGAAGAGAAUGGUGCAGCUUCAGACACGGAGAGUGUUGAUAGUUGCCUGAGAGAAAGCAGGUUGCCACAGGAUGACGCCAGGCCUGCAGAUGAAUACGACCAACCAUGGGAAUGGAAUAAGCUUACAGUGCCACCCUUUUCAGUUCAGCUCAAUGGCAUUGAGAAGAAACUGUCCUCUCCCUUGUGCAACAGACGCAGGCAGCUGAGACCCCCAGAUCUAAUCAAACAUGGCGUUCCAGAGUUCAGUGAGAUUGCAGGAGAGAGAAUAGACCCAAACACUCCACUUGAGAAGCAAGUGUGGUAUCAUGGAGCCAUUAGCCGAAUAGAUGCAGAAAACCUUUUACGAUUGUGUAAAGAGUGUAGUUAUCUCAUCCGAAAUAGUCAAAGCAGCAAAAAUGAUUACUCGCUUUCGCUGAAGAGCAGUCAAGGUUUCAUGCACAUGAAGCUAACCAGACACAAGGAUAAAUACAUCUUGGGACAGAACAGCCUUCCAUUUGAUAGUGUUCCUGAGGUCAUACACUACUAUACAACCAGAAAGUUACCCAUUAAAGGAGCAGAACACUUGUCCCUCCUCUACCCAGUAACGGUUCGAACACUAUAAGUCGUUGCCCUAGUUUAGUGUCCUUCCUAUGGAGAGGAGAUUCCUCAAUUACUUGGAACUAUAUGGUGGACUAAUGCAAAUGCAAAUUGAGACCCUGUGGUUCCUGAGUGAAAACAAUAACAUUUAUUUUGUGGUACUACUGACCUAUUGCAUGGAUAUGCUUUUGUUCAAAGACUCAUCUAAUAUAAUUCAAAAUUGUUAGCAAAAUUUUGUUAAACCGUUGAAAUAUUGAAAUACUUCCCUGUAAAUGUCAAAAUUUUGCAUGGUGAUAUAAUAUGAUGCAUCGUACUCCCUAACCUGCUACAAUGAUGCAGAGAGAUUUGACUUAUUUGAUUAUUUAUAUUAAAUACUUUGUCCUAAUAUAUAUAUAUAUAUAUAUAAAAAUAUAUUUUUUCUUCUGGCACAAUGUAUUGAUGCCUGUGAAUUGUUACUUAAUGCAUUUUAAUGUGAGAUAAAAAGAAGUUUAACUUUGUAUGAGAAUAUUAUUUUAAUUAGAAUUUAUGAUGGAGUACAAAAGAUGCAAAAUACAAUCAUAAUUGGAGAGAGACUUGCAUUUAUUUUCCAUCUUAUGACCUAGAUGCACCAGCAUGCUUUUUUAAUGCCUUCCGGAGUACUGUCAUUCACAUUGUAAGCCAACCUAGCAACUAAUUUUCAUAAAUAAUAAUAUGGCUAAAGAACCAGAUUUAUUGGUGCUCAUGUUACAUGCCAAGGAAUAUUUUAAUAAAGCUAUGAGAUAUUUUGUGUCCAA